UCCAAACUUUUCACUUCAUAGAUUCUUGUAGCACUUCGCAUCCUUUCAUUCAGACCAUCCAAAUGGACGGCUGCGCUCGACUCCACAAAUUAAGAUCAUGAUGUAUAUAGGCUAUUUAAAGCCAUUGCGCCAAAAAAGCCUUUCUCAAAUUAAAGACCAGAAGGAUAUAUGGCGCCUGCGCUCUCUCUCACAGCAUGCCACUUCCCUACUUACUGCAAGUCUCAGGAAAUCUCCAAGGAAAACCAUUACAGACUAUUUUCUUCGGAUGCUGCUCUCAAAAGGAGGAAGCUUUUGAUCAAAUCCACUUCUUCCUUGAGUCUUCUAGGAGCUGGGUUAACUUUAGUUCAGCCGGCGAAGACUGAACCAGAGAACCCUGAGGAAUUUACAUCCACUAGAAUGUCAUAUUCGAGAUUCUUGGCCUACCUGAAUGAAGGAUUUGUGAAAAAGGUGGAUUUGUUCGAGAACGGGACUGUGGCUAUUGCUGAAAUCAUGAUUCCAGCUCUUAACAAGAUUCAGAGGGUCAGAGUUCAGUUGCCUGGAUUGCCGCGAGAGCUGCUAAGGAAGAUGAAGGAAAAGGAUGUUGACUUUGCAGCUCAUCCUGUACAACCCAACGUCGGGAUGAUGCUCCUUGAUCUACUGGGGAAUUUGGCUUUUCCGUUGCUCAUCCUGGGGUCUCUGUUUUUGAGAAGCUCGCCGACGAACUCAGCAGGAGGGCUGAACUUGCCAUUUGGCUUGGGAAGGUCAAAAGCCAAGUUUCAGAUGGAGCCAAACACAGGAAUUACAUUUGAUGAUGUAGCUGGGAUCGAUGAGGCAAAGCAGGAUUUCAAGGAAAUCGUAGAGUUUCUGAAAUUCCCAGAAAAGUUUGCUGCAGUGGGGGCUAGAAUUCCAAGGGGUGUUCUUCUCGUGGGUCCACCAGGUACAGGCAAAACAUUACUAGCAAAAGCCAUAGCAGGGGAGGCCGGAGUUCCAUUCUUUUCCCUGUCAGGUUCAGAGUUCAUUGAAAUGUUCGUGGGAGUAGGAGCCUCAAGAGUGAGGGAUUUGUUCAACAAGGCAAAAGCUAGCUCCCCAUGCCUGAUAUUUAUUGAUGAAAUAGAUGCUGUUGGAAGACAGAGAGGGACUGGAAUUGGAGGAGGAAAUGAUGAGAGGGAGCAAACGCUUAAUCAGUUGCUAACUGAGAUGGAUGGCUUCAGUGGAAGCAGCGGGGUUGUAGUAAUUGCAGCCACAAAUCGACCAGAGAUUCUGGAUCAAGCAUUGCUUCGUCCCGGAAGAUUUGAUAGACAGGUAACCGUUGGAUUACCAGACAUAAAAGGAAGGGAAGAGAUACUCAAAGUCCAUAGCAAGAACAAGAAGCUUGGUAAGGAUGUAUCUCUAAGUAUCAUAGCUAUGAGAACACCAGGAUUCAGUGGCGCCGAUCUUGCAAACUUGUUAAAUGAAGCAGCUAUUCUUGCCGGAAGACGAGGCAAAACCAAAAUUACUCUAAAAGAGAUAGACGAUUCAGUCGACAGAAUUGUAGCAGGCUUAGAAGGAACAAGGAUUACGGAUGGCAAAAGCAAGAUAUUGGUUGCUUAUCAUGAGGUCGGGCACGCCAUUUGUGCGACGCUCACACCUGGACACGAUCCAGUUCAGAAGGUCACACUCAUCCCUAGGGGACAAGCUCGUGGUCUUACAUGGUUCAUUCCAAACGAAGAUCUUUCUCUUAUAUCAAAACAACAAAUAUUUGCUAGAAUAGUGGGAGGAUUAGGUGGACGAGGAGCGGAGGAAGUUAUAUUUGGUGAUUCUGAGGUCACAACAGGUGCAGCUGGAGACUUGCUGCAGAUAACUCAAGUAGCAAGACAGAUGGUAACCACGUUUGGAAUGUCUGAGAUUGGGCCAUGGGCACUUACAGAUCCAGCAGCGCAAAGAAGUGAUGUGGUAUUGAGAAUGCUAGCGAGGAAUUCAAUGUCGGAAAAGCUUGCGGAAGACAUAGACAAGUCAAUUAAAGAAAUCAUAGACGAAGCUUACGAAAUUGCAAAGGCUCACAUUAGGAACAACAGAGCAGCUAUAGAUAGGCUGGUUGAUGAGUUACUGGAGAAGGAAACUCUCACUGGAGAGGAGUUCCGAGCAAUUCUGUCAGAGCACACUGAGUUACAUGUGGUCAUGAACAGACUAUGUUCAACAAAGGAACCAGUGGGCCUGUAGUUCAAUAGGCGCACAAAUAAGCACAUUGGUUUCAAUUUAAUGUUUCAUUUAGUUCUUGACAACAUAAUCGGGUGAGAAGUUUCUGUAGCAAAAAAGGCUAUUAGAUGUGUUGAAAAAACCUUAAUGA